AUGGGUCAGUCGUUGUCCAGUCUACGUCGACGCCGCAGCGCUCACACUCUCCGGGGCCUUGCCGCUCGUCCAACCCAGAGCAGUCCCCCAGAUCUCUCCCGCGAGACCCUCAUGAAUGCGCUACAAAAUGUUGCAGCAUACAUUGCCUCCAAGAAUCAAUGUAUUACUCUCAUUGUCGUUGGUGGCACCAUCAAUACAAUAUUACUCCGGAGUCGCCCCAAUACCCACGAUGUGGACUUUUUCAACGACAAUCUUACACCUGCUGAGGUCAAGUGCCUCUCGAAGGCAACAAAGUCAGCAUUCAAAAGAAACCGCACGCUGGGGCAAGAAUGGCUCAACAAUCAUAUCGUUCUAUUCAUUCCUCUCCAUAUACGGCGCAUUCUCCUUAUGGAGGCUCUUGACCAGCAUGCAAUUGUUUUUCAAGCUCCGGGGCUCACUAUUUUUGCCGCCCCUUGGACAUAUCUAUUUUGUACCAAGAUGCAUCGCCUAUCUGGUAGUGGAAUAAGCACUGUACAACCUUAUGAUCAAGAUGACGCGGUUCACUACUUGGAGAAAUACCUUUCCCAGCACUCUACCGCAAGUGUGACCCAGGUCAUUGUGCGAUCAUGGUUUGCUCAGUAUCUACUUCAGUGGACAACAGAAACAGCAAUGUUACUCCCGGCAGUUAACUCAACAUACAAAAUUAUAUUCAAUGUCCAGCAUGAUCCAAUCAACCUCAAUAACUGA